CACGAGACAGCGCAGCGGCUGACCCCGGAAGUGUUGUUCCUCACACGUGGUUGUUCGGGAAACCCUGUCAGAUGAGGCAGAUUGGCCGGCUACAGGGAGUAGUGUCCGCGAUGGCCUGUCAGCCUCCGUGUAGAGACUUGGUCAGUAAAGUAGUGAAGCUUCCCGGCGGGUCUAACAGUUGUAGGAACGGCCCGGACAAAGACCUCAAGGGCUGGAAGGAAAUCCUGAAUACCUCUGCAGGUGUCCUCCAACAAGGUGGAGUGAUUGGUGUGCCCACUGACACCAUCUAUGGCGUGGCAUGCCUGGCACAGAGCUCCCAGUCCAUCAGAAACAUUUAUAACGUCAAAGGGCGCAACGGGACCAAACCACUGGCUAUUUGUGUGGGGGCCAUUGAGGAUAUUUAUAAAUAUUGUCAUGUUAAUGUCCCUGACCAGUUACUUCGGGAUUUAUUACCUGGACCAGUUACUUUGGUGAUGGAGAGAUCAGAUGAACUUAAUAAGGAGCUGAAUCCUUACACUCCACUGGUGGGUGUUCGCAUUCCCGAUCAUGCAUUUAUCAGACAGCUGGCACAGAUCUGCACUGAACCAUUGGCACUGACUAGCGCAAACAUCAGCACCCAGCCAAGCACACUGUCAGUUGAGGAGUUUAAAGACUUGUGGCCUGUGUUGUCCCUCGUAGUGGAUGGAGGACCUAUUGGAGACUUGUCCAGUCCUGAAUGCAGAUUAGGUUCAACAGUAGUGGAUCUUUCGGUUUCUGGGAAGUUUACGAUUAUCCGACCUGGAUGUGCUCUAAAACAAACAUUGGAAACCUUGAAGAACAAAUAUGGCAUGUCAUCUGUGUCCUGACGUCUUCUGCCCUUGGCUGAUGAUCUUCAAACUGUAGACGGAGACAUAAUCCAUGUGGUGACAGCAGACCAGCACAUAUAUUUAAUGCAAGGACGAAUGAAGUGCGGUGCCCGAAAUCCACGGCAUGUCUUGGUGAUGUUUUAAUCAGUUGGACUUUUUAAACUUGUGAUUCUGUUUCAAUAUGGAUGCAAGGAAACAUUGAAUGCACAAGGAAAAUGAAUUAUUUAUUUGAAAGAUAAACUGUUCCGACGAUGA